AUGUCCCAAUAUCAUGGAGUCAAGCCACAUCGCAAUCAGUGCUGCCAUUUGCAAUACGACCUAGAGCAUUCUUUUCCAAACUGCCCGCCAGAUACCACCUCUGCCAUCAUGCAUCUAGCAGCCGUAAGCACUCUUUUUGUGCUCGCCGGUGUGGCGAUGGCUGGCAACCCUCGGUACAAAGUCAGUUGCGACCCAGCCGUUCCAGCUGCCUACCAGGCUAGCAUGAAGGCAUUUGAGAAGAAAAACUGUGGGCAGUCCGAGUAUUUCGGGCGCCCAGGCACUUGGCAUGAAGACACGCAGUCUUGCGAAGCCCCCGGUCCGGAGGGCACCAACACCGAGAGAUACUACCAUCCACUCUUUGCUAGCUCAUCAGGCGGUCCCAACAUCAGCCCGCGUUGCCACUGGGUUCUAGCUUAG